CACACACACGCAGAGUAACGCCAAAUAGAAGGCAAGGAAUCCCAUUUCCUCCGAGGUGUAGAGCGAAGGUUUUGUUUGCAGCCGGACGAAAACGGCAACGCGGGUGGUUAAAAAUAAACUGGCCGUCUCUGCCGUUUUUUUUUGGUAUUCGCUGGCUUCUUCAGUUUGUUGGUCGGGAUCGCAAGCGCAGCACCAGAGCACCAAGUGCACGCACGCGAGCAUAUUUUUCCCCCGCGUUGUGUGUGCCGCAGCUUCACUCGCUGGUGAAUGGUGGUGUGUUAGCACUGCUCCCCUACACGGUCCGCCGACGGAACGAGGUGCCGAGUGUGCAUUUGUUUUGUUGGACGCGCGUUUUGCAAUAUCGUGCCGGGAGUUUCCAGUGGCGGAGUAGCAAAUCGCAAACCUCCGCAACCCGAGGGAAACCAUGACAACGUACUCGACCGACAGUCAAGGAAAAUUCAUUCCGGCCACCCAGCGGCCGGACGGGACCUGGCGUAAACCGCGCCGCGUACGCGAUGGUUACGUACCGCAAGAGGAGGUCCCGCUGUACGAGAGCAAGGGCAAACAGUUCGCCCAGAAACCGGCUCUACCGCCCGGCCUCUCCCCGGACGUAGUGCAGAAGGCAAAGGAAAAGCGUGAGCGCGAGCGGUUGCGGCAGGCGCGCGAAGAGCAGCAGCGAAAGGAGCAGCAGAACAAAAAGCAGCAAGCAGGCGCCCUUCCGCCCGGCGUGCUAGCCGUGGACGGUGGUGCGGUGGGGGGCAACAGUGACAAACAGAAGCCCGGUGGUGGUGGUGGUGGGACGAAGAAUGCAAAUGCUGCGGGGGCAGCAUCCCGCAGCAGCAAAAAGACACCCGAACUGCCCGACAUACUGUUGGAUCAGCGGCCGGCGGGCAAAGCAAAGCAACCACAGCAACACACAAAAUCGUCACAGCAAAAGUCCACCACCACCGCCGCAGCAGCAGUCAGUAACAACAGUGAUUCUACCGUGGAUGAGCUGGCAAGUGCACUGGCUUCCGGGGCACAGCUGGCCGGGGCCGAUGCGCAGCAGCUCGAGGUGGCGAAAAAGCUACGCAAGCUGCGGAAGAAGAUACGCGAAAUCGAGGCAAUCGAAACGAAGCUACGAUCCACCGACGGGCCGAAGCUGGACAAGGACCAGCUGGAAAAGGUGAAACGGAAACCGGACAUACUGCAGGAGAUCGAGGAGCUCGAAGUGCAAUAUUCAGCCGGUGCCAUGUGAUGAUGAUGAGGAUGCUGCUGAAGGAAGGUGUGCGGCUGGGAGGCGCUCUAGGAAGCGAAUAAACCAGCAGAGCUGUGUUAGAGCAGUGGCACUGCAUUUAUGUUUAGUAAGGAACCGGGCUGUAGAGGCAACUAAGGAAGCUUCUAACCACUCGUCGCGCGUUGCCAGCCAGAAGAGUAGGUUUCUUCAUUGUACAAACUCACUUGUAAUCCAGCGAAGCGGGUGAAUUCAAGCAAUGAUUGUGAGUAUCGUAGGGAAAAGGGAAGGACGACCGCAGCUUCCCCGGUACAAAACUUGCCAACGGUGUAGGGAGGGGAGCGCCAAUGUUUACACGUUUGUUUUUGUAUGUCGAAAUCCGUUGCUCCGUUUCCUGCCCACACACUCACACUGCUUUCUGGUGCAGAAGAUGCACAGAUUCAUCAUCUUCUGUUAGUGAUUGUAACAUCUUUUUUAGGUUUAAUUUCGUACCUUUUGUUGGUGAUCGAUCGUGCGCCCGCUUUACCGCCCCGGGGAAUGGCCAGCUUUCCUUUUCCGGCUGUAGAUGUAUGUAAACGAAGGGCUAUGCUUUUGAUCUGUUUUUUGCGUAACAACACACGGCCUACUACUAAUAACUACUGUGCCCGCAAUAGUAACAGUAGGAUUGCUUAGUUUGUGAGAUCCUUCCUGUACGCUUUUGAGCAUCCGUUCCGGGCAAGGAUCUUCCGCUUCUCUCCUACUUCAAAGUCAUAUAAACCAUCAUAUUGCGUGCGAACGACAGGUCCGCAUUGUAACAGGCUGCAGGGUCGUGUGAGCCCUUCUCGUGUGUAGCAAGUAAGCAGGUAGGCUUAAGAUUAGGGUAGAAAGCUAGGGAAUAAGUUUUAACGUAAACAUUGUUAACUAUCAAAAAAAAAGUGGAAGGAGAAAAGGUAGAGAAACGCAAGGCAAAAGUAAACUGCACGGUUGAGUUAAAACACGAAAGAGUCAAUAAACAUUUUAAGGACCAAUGUCGUUUUUUGU